GAGAGCUUGAAUGUCUGAAGUCUGAGUCGAUCGAGUCGGUCAUAAAAGUCAUGCUACCGCGAGCGAGUACCGCAACACUCAUUCGAGGCCAACACUACUCGUCCUCUUUUCUUGGCUGAGCGGAAGGACCAAGUGUAUGUUAGAAGGCAAACAACAAACAACAGCAGUCGUAGUAGAAGAAGAGACAGCAACUGCUAACAACGGCUACAUACAGACUAGUUAGUUAGCUGUCUCUGAGUUGACACCGCCGUAACAGCCACUGCUACCCUGUUAAGCUGUUAGGUUGUCUUCAAAGACGCGGUCAUCGCUUGCCGUUCAGUCGCCUUGCUGGGGCUGGUUUGUUCCCAAGAGGUACUAACCAACACACCUACUGGAGAGAGAUAUUAGAUAUUGAUUCAUCAUGGAACAGCUCGGAAUCGAUUUCAAUGCGACGGGCUCGGUUAUGAGCAAAACCGAGCUCGAAGAGUUGCGUCGGAAACGAGGAGAAUGUAUAACGUGCGGACGCAAAUGCUUCCAAAAGCGGCUGUUCAAGAUGAUUCCCAUCACAGACCAUGGCCGUGUAUUAAAUGGACGGUGUUUGAAUUGCAAGCCGCUGGAUGCGACGGAAAAUGGCCUGAUCCCUGCUGUCUCCCGUCCCGCAACCAAAGAGGACUUGGCCAGGUUUUCCAGAAGUCAAUCAAAUCUGGGACUUGGUGGAGGUCGGUCUCCCAGCCGUAGAGCGUCGUCGGGAAGGACGCUCAGUGGGGGUGAACCUAGCUCACGGAGUGUGGCAUCAUCGUCGUCGGGAGCUGGAAGGCCUCCUGGUCGGUCCCUAAGUCAUUCAUCAGCUUCAGCAGCCAACGCUUCCAGUCUCCACCUGGGAGCAGACAGUGGUAGCUCAGGAGGAGGAGGAGGAUUGCCCACCAGAGGGCGCUCUUCUGAUUCACAAACAAUGGAUACGCCUGCAUCUAGAGGACCCUCAGCGUCGUCGUCUUCGGAUCCAGCCAGAAGGGAACGAUCCAUUACUCCCUCAAAUUCUUCGCGACACGUGGCUGCCCCACAAGCGGCCGAGCAAUAUAAUGAUGGAUUGGAAAGCUCAUCGGGACGUGGAUAUGCAUCUGCUGAUUCCAGGCGAAGACUUAUUCCUCAUCCUGGAUUGGAGGCUACUUCUGUGCAUAGUUUAGACCGGAGAGACCAAAGAGUAGACCCUGGCGACCCAUACGGCGAUGCCCUGGAAACGAGAUCGGUACCACACGAAUAUGGCGUUGGACCACCUCACGACUACAACGCAGGGAGACAAGCUGUGAGCGAGGAGCUGCAUCAUGCCGUAGAACAGAUGGGAAUCUAUCCAGACGAGCAGCCUCUUGAACACCCCCCAUCUGCCCCUGGCCAAGAUGAUUUCUACCAGCAGCAAGGUCACGUGUCGCAACGUAGUUUUGUGAAUCAUGGUGAUCAACCGCCUAGACAACGUGUCACGCGGCAGUAUUCCGGCGAAAGCGGUCCAGUUUCGGCACAACGGCACGGCAUGUUGGAUCGAGGCGGCGAACUUUCCUUCAACAACUCACAAUCACAAUUCAACGAAUACAACUCCCAACCACCCCCACCCAAUAACCACAAUAAUAGCGCUGCUGUUACACCGAGCAGCGUCAACAAUGCGCGACACAUGGGCAGCAGCAGAACUAUGGAUUCCAUGUCAUCGGUUGAAGAUGACCUAAUGAAUGGACGAGGAAAUGCAUCCAAGAGGUUCGUACCUCCCAACCACGCAUUGUACGAAGACGAACAAAUUGAAAGCAACAGUAUGCGAUCAGGAGGUACUCGAUCGGUCGUGAACGAAGACGACGAGCGAGCGCUCGAUCGACUCCACGCUGCAAACGGUGAUUGUGCUGAAAUACUUGCUGUAAUGAGAGAUUACCUCGGCUCUACUCUGGUUCAAAGCUAUUCCCUUAAGGAAUUGUCCUGUCUACACCUUGGACCAGGAGACCAAGACGUGCUCGCACAUCACGGCGCGAUGGACUUGAUAGCAGAGUCCAUGCAUACAUACCCAGAAGAUGUAGAGCUUCAGAUUCACGGUUGCAGGGCAGUGUGGAAUGGCAGCGGCACCCCAGAAAACCAAGUAGCUUUUGUCGAUGCUGGCGCUCUCGAUAUCAUCCUGGCAGACAUGGACCGGUUCAUGGACAACAACGAAGUCCAGGAGUGCGCCAUGGGAACUUUGUCCAAUCUCGCUGCCGCCGAAGCUAAUCUCUUGAAAAUGGUUGAAAAGGGAACAGUCGGGAGAGUUGUAGAAGCAAUGAACAAGCAUUCCGAUAACAAAAUGGUCCAGUCGAAGGGUUGCUCCGCAAUUACCAACAUGGCUUCCCACCUGUCGCCGUUGAAAAAGGACAUCAUGGAUAUGGGGGGAGGAGGUGCUGUUGUGAUAUGUAUGGUGAUGCACCCGGACGAUUUUGAUCUGCAGGAGAAAGCCUUGCGCGCAUUGAAAAACUUGUCGUCAAACAACGAUGAAAACAAAGUGGAGCUGGCGAACAUUGGCGGCAUUGAUGCGGUAAUCACGGCUAUGCAAGUACAUCGAGACCAGCCUGGAGUCCAGGAAGCUGGGGCCUGGACCUUGUCAAACUUGGCAUCUAAUAACGACAACAAGGCUGUCAUAGGUGAUUGUGGAGGCAUUGAUGUUGUGAUUCGUGCCAUGUGGGUGCACUCGGACAAUGUUAAGGUCCAGGAGUGGUGCUGUAGAGCUCUGUAUACGCUUACGCUUGACAGGCACAACAGUGGCAUGGUGUUGCAAGUUGGUGGCAUAUCAGCUGUCGUGAACGCUAUGCAAGCACACGUUGACUCGGGUGCCGUGCAGGAAAUGGGAUGCGCUGUUCUUUGCAACCUGGCUUUUGACGAGAGCAGCAAAAUGAGGAUCGUAGAUGAGGAGGCCCUCGACGCCAUUGUUUUGGCAAUGGUGCUUUAUUCGGAAGACGCAAAAGUGCAAGAAAGUGCAUGCGAAGUUUUGUUACAACUAGCUAUUGUGGAGAACUUCAAGUCGAUGCAAGCGUCCAACAUUGGCGAAUUGGCACGCGCAGCUGCCGCAAAGUUCCCCGAAAACUGCAAAGAGCCAGCCUUCAAGCUUCUCCAUGUGCUGGAGGGUUACUGCGAACAAUAUUGAUCAAACUCAAAAGGAACAUAUUGAACUUGAGAUCCUGUGGGAUGGAGCCUACGGCGAGAUUCCCUCGUCUCUUCGCCUGCGUCGGCACAGCUAGCUCGCCUGCCCUGGUCAAGCCUUGAUCGAUUCUGAAAGUUCCCGAUGCUUCUUUUCUUCUCUUGAAUUGAAUGAGGCAGUGCAGCAUUUCGGUGCAGCGAACGAGCGUCGAAUGAAGUCAGCUUCGAGCACAAAAAGACACCCCAGUUUUCGAUUUGAUCGUAUGAGUUUUCGAUUUGCUCAGUGCGGCAUUGGGUCGCCUUCGUGGUUGACCUUGGUACAAUAGUAUGGCAUACGAAACGGAUUAGAGUUUCCUCUACUAGCACUAGCUAGCUAGCUGUUGAAGGUCACUAUUAGUUUUGAUGCUCAAUUUGUACCGGUAGGUAAUGCCUUGAUCUCAAGGAAUGCAGCAGCACGCUAAGAGCUAUUAUAACCGGUACCGUAUCCCUAAUAUACUACUACUACCUGGUACCACCGGAAGCCAGCGUUAUAAUCUACUAGCGAGUAGUACAGUACCUACGUCGUUGUUCGGUUGACGGUUGGACUA